AUGGCGAACUUCGCAACCCUAGCAGCUAUCUUUGCAGCCCUCCUGGUGAUGUCCCAUGCUGCCUCGGCCCAUCGGACCAUGAUAACCACAGUCGAGAUCGAUGAGGACGACGAGAGGAGCGGAAGUGGGAGCUGCCACGAGCAGGUCCAGACACAAGGCCUUGAGCAAUGUGAGCAGCUGUUUUGGGACAUCGGCCGAGGCAGUAGCCGAAUGGGCGGCAGCGAGAGGGAGCGAUUGAUGGAGUCGCAGCACUUUAGGCCAUGCUGCCAGCAGCUGAGGCAGGUGGAACAGCAAUGCCGGUGCCGAGGAAUUAGGCAGAUCGUGAGGGAGGAACAGAGCGAGUUCAGACGCGAGGGAAUGCAUAGGGUGGUGAGAUCGGCUCGAGACUUGCCUUCCGCAUGCGGUUUUUCGAGUCCUCGUCACUGUGAGAUCAAAGCCAUUUGGUUCUGA